AACAUAUCAUUCGUGUGUGUGAUAGAGAAACUCUUACAAAAAUAUUGGACUAAUUCUAUACACUGAUACACAGUACUAUGAUAUAUUCUCCGUUGGUAUAACAUUAUCACUCUCUUUCUCUCUCGCACACAACACACGCUCAAUCUGCCAUGGCUCAAACCAUGCUACUCUCUGCUGGUAGUACUGUUUCUGGGCAUGCAUUGGAUCUGAAGAAGGACCCAUUGAUGAUGCAGAGAUUAAAACCGAAGCCCUUUUCUCAUUUCGUUUUACCUCCCAAAACUUCAUCUCCUUUAUCUUCAUCAACUACUACUGUUGCACUCUUCAAGUCGAAGACGAAAGCACCGGCCAAGAAGGUUCCAGUGGUGAAGGAAAAGCCAAAGGUGGAAGAUGGCAUUUUUGGAACAUCGGGAGGAUUUGGUUUCACCAAGGAAAAUGAACUCUUUGUGGGUCGUGUUGCCAUGAUUGGAUUCGCGGCAUCUUUGUUGGGAGAAGCAGUUACAGGAAAGGGAAUUUUGGCACAAUUGAAUUUGGAAACUGGAAUCCCUCUUUAUGAAGCUGAACCUCUUCUUCUCUUCUUCAUCCUCUUCAAUCUCCUCGGAGCCAUAGGCGCUUUGGGUGAUCGUGGUCGUUUCGUUGAUGAUCCUCCGACCGGACUUGACAAGGCUGUUAUUGCCCCCGGCAAGGGAAUUCGGGGUGCAUUAGGUCUUGGAGAUGGUCCACUUUUUGGAUUCACAAAAUCAAAUGAACUAUUUGUCGGAAGAUUGGCUCAAUUGGGAAUUGUUUUCUCCAUAAUUGGAGAAAUAGUAACAGGAAAAGGGGCUUUGGCACAGUUGAAUAUAGAAACUGGAGUGCCCAUAAAUGAACUUGAACCUCUUCUGUUGUUCAACAUUGUCUUCUUCUUCAUUGCAGCCAUUAAUCCUGGUACUGGAAAAUUUGUUACUGAUGAGGAAGAAGCAUGAGUUUGUGUACCUAGUUUAUUUAAUUAAGGAGAAAACUAUCAAUUCCAAUAUAUAUUUUGUAAUUAGUGGGAACUUUGUCAUUUAAUUUUAAGAGAUUUUCUUCGACUCGAUC